GCGGACUGAGAGCUGACCCUGGCUCUCCAUCCUAAGCUGAAGGACGGUGCCGGGCGAGCAGGACUGGUGGUGAUGGGCACGGAGGCCUCGAGUCGCUACUGAGUCAGGGCUUGGGCCUGGGCGGAGGCAGCCUGGGACUCGGGGGCGCCAGGGAUCGCCAUGGCAACGCGCGGCCGCCCCUGGUUCCCUCACGACCCCACCCGAGUUAUAGGGCCUGAUGGCCGAGGGCUCGUUGUCUGACGACUUCCAAGGGGCGAAGACAGGGUUGGUCGGGGGGCCGCUCCCGGGUCGGUGGAACAGCCGCGGACGGGCGAUGUCUUUUCAGGUUUGGGGGUGGCGGAGGGAAGACGCGUCUCGGGUUUUGGCCUGGGUGCCCGACGCCGUGGGCGGGAGAGGUGCAGCGAUGCCGCGCAGGACCCCGGCUACAAAAGACCCCACAGCUGUAGAGAGAGCAAACUUGUUAAACAUGGCUAAAUUGAGUAUCAAAGGACUCAUUGAAUCUGCUCUGAGCUUUGGCCGCACUUUGGAUUCUGACUAUCCACCAUUGCAGCAGUUCUUUGUUGUUAUGGAACAUUGUCUGAAACACGGUCUUAAAGUAAGAAAAUCAUUUUUGAGUUAUAACAAAACUAUCUGGGGCCCCUUGGAACUGGUGGAGAAGCUAUACCCAGAAGCAGAGGAAAUAGGAGCCAGUGUCCGGGAUUUACCUGGUCUCAAGACCCCCCUGGGUCGUGCAAGAGCAUGGCUUCGAUUAGCCCUCAUGCAAAAAAAAAUGGCUGAUUACCUGCGUUGCUUAAUUAUUCAAAGGGAUCUCCUAAGUGAAUUUUAUGAAUAUCAUGCACUAAUGAUGGAAGAAGAAGGAGCAGUGAUUGUUGGGCUGCUGGUUGGCCUGAAUGUGAUAGAUGCGAAUCUCUGUGUGAAGGGAGAAGAUUUAGACUCACAAGUUGGAGUGAUUGAUUUUUCCAUGUAUUUAAAGAAUGAAGAAGAUAUUGGAAAUAAAGAAAGGAAUGUUCAAAUUGCUGCCAUAUUAGACCAGAAGAAUUAUGUUGAAGAAUUAAAUAGACAACUGAACAGCACAGUCAGCAGUCUCCAUUCAAGAGUUGACUCAUUAGAGAAGUCAAAUACUAAGCUGAUUGAAGAGUUAGCAAUAGCAAAGAAUAAUAUCAUUAAACUCCAAGAAGAAAAUCAUCAAUUACGCAGUGAAAAUAAAUUGAUUUUAAUGAAAACACAGCAGAACCUAGAGGUUACUAAAGUAGAUGUGGAAACUGAGCUUCAAACAUAUAAGCAUUCUCGGCAGGGGCUUGAUGAAAUGUACAAUGAAGCCAGAAGACAGCUUCGAGAUGAAUCUCAAUUAAGACAGGAUGUAGAGAAUGAGCUAGCAGUACAAGUUAGUAUGAAACAUGAGAUUGAACUUGCCAUGAAGUUGUUGGAGAAAGAUAUUCAUGAGAAACAAGAUACUCUGAUAGGCCUUCGGCAACAACUAGAGGAAGUUAAAGCAAUUAACAUAGAGAUGUAUCAAAAGUUGCAGAGUUCUGAAGAUGGCUUGAAAGAAAAAAAUGAAAUAAUUGGCCGCCUAGAAGAAAAAACCAAUAAAAUUACUGUAGCUAUGAGGCAGCUGGAGCAAAGAUUGCAGCAAGCAGAGAAGGCACAAAUGGAAGCUGAAGAUGAAGACAAGAAAUAUCUACAAGAAUGUCAGAGUAAAUCCGACAGUCUGCAGAAACAAAUCUCCCAAAAGGAGAAACAGCUGGUGCAGCUGGAGACCGAUCUGAAGAUUGAGAAGGAGUGGGGGCAGACUUUGCAGGAGGAUCUUCAAAAGGAGAGAGAGGCCUUAUCGCAUCUUAGAAAUGAGACCCAGCAGAUCAUUAGUCUUAAAAAAGAGUUCCUUAACAUCCAGGAUGAAAAUCAGCAGUUGAGAAAAAUAUAUCACGAACAGGAGCAAGCUCUUCAAGAACUUGGCAGCAAACUUAGCGAAUCAAAACUUAAAAUAGAAGAUAUAAAAGAAGCCAACAAAGCAUUGCAGGGACUGGUUUGGUUGAAAGACAAAGAAGCAACACAUUGUAAACUUUGUGAAAAGGAAUUCUCACUCUCCAAGAGAAAGCACCACUGUAGAAACUGUGGGGAAAUUUUCUGUAAUGCUUGCUCUGACAACGAACUGCCUUUGCCUUCUUCACCAAAGCCAGUACGGGUUUGUGAUUCCUGCCAUGCACUGCUGAUCCAGAGAUGCUCAUCUAACUUGCCAUAAAACUCCAGAACUUAAGUGCUUACGUAUGAGCGUACCUACAGUGGAUGGUUAACAUAUGAACAUGUAUAUGCUGUGUUUAGACAGCCCUUUUUAAGCAGCUUUCAGACUACUGGUACCAGUUUUAUCUUCCACAUAUUCCUGGGAAUUAGAAGCUGUAGAAUAGCUCGUUGUUACUCAAGAACUUUCAACAGGGCAUGCUUUAAGAUAACUUUAGCUUAAUUCCUAAUUGAUAUAAUCAUCAUGUAACUUUUAAUGCCAUUGAAAAGGCCAGAUUACAUAACACACAAACACGCACUUGCCUUAUUUUGUAAAGGCCUUCUUUAAAGUAGGGAUGCAGAUUAAUUCUCCAGAUUGUCAAAUUCGUAUUUGACGGUGCCUGCAGGUUUCUUAAUGCACUUUAAAGCUUCACAAUUCGCGGAGAAAGAUCAGAGACACAUUGAGCUUUUUAUAAGUAUUAAUAUCCUGACUCAACAGACUUUUCCUUAGCUUGCUAAGAUUUCAACCAUAUCUUUGUCCUUUCUGCCCUACUGCCUUUUCCCAUUUUGCAUUAGAAAAGGCCAAUACUUUAUCCUAUGAAAUUUCCUUUUGGUCUCCCUCUAAUCAUUAAUAUAUUUAUUAGUACUUCUCAGAUAUAGUGGGCUAAAGAGGUAUUAAUUUACCUGUUUUUUCCUUUGAAAGGAAGUUAAAAUUAUCCUUCACCUUUACCUUUCUUUUUACCAAAAAAAGUUAUUUACUUGCACAUCUUUCCAUAUGGUAUACCUGCUAACACUGCUAAUUUAAGGGAGGGCUCAUACCUCUUUAAAAAGAACAAUUUGUCCCCAGAAAAAAGGUUUAUUAUUAGGGAUUACAGGGAUUGGUUCUCCUCUGAGAAAUCUAAAAUAGUUAAAACUUUCCCUUUGAUAGAACUUUAUUUUUAUUGUAUUUCCAUUCUAUUAACUUUUAGGAAGCAUUACAUUGUAGUGAUCCACUACUGGAGUUAUACAUUCAUAUAAUGAGAACCUAAGGCAGCAUCUGGAGCAGAUGAUCUGAUCUGAGCCCUGCCAUGAACACAUUAACUAUGUCAAGCAUGAAGGAUUCAAUAAACACUAGUCCCAUUAUACUGCUUGUAGAAUACCCAACCUAUGUAAAGUUACCCUUGUAUGAUUAAUCCUUUAAAUAGCAUCCCCACUUAGGACACCCCUUUUCCCUCUCCCUUUAGGUAUUAAUUUUAGCCAUGCACUUUAAGUCUGUGAACCUUCACACAGGUCAGAUAGGAAUUUUCUACUAAUCCUGAGCAUUGUUAUUUAGUGAAUUAAUCAUGGGCACCCCCUCCCACCUAAAAUGGAAUUACUUAUUCUGCAGGAUCCUUUCCUCAGAAUAUAUUUUUCACUUGGGUUUAAAAUACCAAUUUUCUAAAUUGCCAAAGUUUGAAACCAGUAUUUUACUCGAAUUUUUUUUCCAUACCCAGGUCUUCAGUUAGAACUACUGUACAGAUUUUUAGGUGGUCUUUCUUGAAUGCUGACAGAAAUAUUGUCGAGAUGAAUUAUAUUCUUAAAUGGUUUUGUAUUGAUGGGGAUGAAUUAACAUUUUUACGAUAGCAGAAAAAUUAGCAAAUAUGAAAUUUCAAGUACUAUGUGUUUUUUAUUACUGUGCUUAUUAGAACAAAUUUUUGAAUGUGGUCUUAAAUUCUAAGGCUGGUUUCCUCAACAAAUAAACCUUUUCAGUCCCCCUUUGAAUUUUAUUCAAAACUCCCAUUAUCACCAUUGAUUUGGGCUUCUUUGCAAACCUUUAGGACAGGAAUCCAACUUGCUCCAUUUAGUUUCGGCUCUUAGCUAUUUACACAAUUUUGGAUUUUGUUAUAAAACUUAACUGGUAUUAUGAGUCUACACUUUGUCAAGAUUUGCCCUCAGAAUGUACUUAUUUAGCUCUAUGAAUUCCACAUACCAUUCCUUCGUCUAGCCAGUACAGUAAUGCUAUGGUGGUGCCAAGGAAUUGUGAUGGUAAUUCUUUUACUCUGCAACGUUUUAAAACACAAUGUGAAUUUUAUAAACCAAAUAAAAGAUAUGAAAAAUUAGCCUUUCAAAGGGCAACUUGCA